ACUCUCUUCUGUAGUUAGAAAGAGAGAGAGAGAGAGAGAGAGAGAGAGAGAGAGAGAGAGAAAUGGACGUAAAAGCCGCCCUCUGGUCUCUUGCAGCCAUAUUGAUGGCCUCGCCCGGCGCCCGGCCGCCGGAGGGAACGCCCAGGGAGCCGCCCGCCAUUCACCUCCUAAAGCCCUUGUUCGGCUCCGGCGGGCUGCCGGCCGAUGGGGUCACCUGCGCGAGCUGGAGGUUCGGGGUGGAGACCAACAACGUCCGGGGAUGGAGGACCGUCCCCCGCAGCUGCGAGGGGUACGUCGGCCACUACAUGCUCGGCGACCGCUACCGCCAGGACUCCGCCGUGGUGACCGCCGCGGCCGCGGCCUACGUCGAGGGCCUCCAGAUCCCCGGCGACGGCAUGGACGCGUGGAUCUUUGAUAUCGACGAGACCGUACUCUCCAACCUCCCUUACUACGCUCAUCAUGGCUUCGGGGUGGAACCAUACAAUGCCACUUCCUUCAAUGCGUGGGUGGACAAGGGGAUAGCACCUGCACUGCCGGAGAGCUUGAAGCUGUACCACAAACUACUCCCUCUCGGCAUCAAGAUCGUCUUCUUGACAGGGAGAUCAGAGGAGAGGAGAAAUGUCACCAUCACCAACCUCAAAAGGGCUGGUUAUCGGACAUGGGAGAAACUGCUGCUCAAGGGAGAAGGUGUGAACGGCACGGCCAUGGCGUUCAAGACAGCUGAAAGGGAGAAGCUGGAGGAGCAAGGGUACAGAAUCGUAGGGAACAUAGGUGAUCAGUGGAGUGACAUCCUGGGAAAACCGGAGGGUGCUCGAACCUUCAAGCUACCGGAUCCGUUAUAUUACAUCAGCUGAGAUGACAUCUCCAAUCACGUACGCCUGUUCCUGCUGCUAUGCUUGAGUUCGCUAGCCUGCUGUUCUAAGUAGGACUCCUAUUAUCGUUGCUGCAAAGUCAUGGAUUAAGUUGCAUGGGAAUAAGAUCGAACGGGUUGCCUUCUUGC